AUGAAGCGGCAUUAUAGGAACCGCACCACGACCUCUUCCUCUCCCUCGUCCUCGUUGGCCUUCUCCAUCCACCCUUCAGGCUCCUAUUCCAACCCAAUAUCGUCAAAUGCAGUUCGAAGUCCAAUACCUACAAGUACACAUCCUACUUUCCCGCCACCCCUCCACGAAGGCCUAUUAGACGAACGUCGACCCGGCUCGACCCCUCUCCCCUCGUUCAAGCCCCCACGCUCGUCCCUACGCCGCGCACCCACCAUCACGCUUUCGUUCCCCACAUCGCCGUCUGUGCCAGCUCACUCCGAUCUCCGAUCCCUCUCCACUGAUAACCCAUCCCCGAGAGGGAAAGUGAAGGACUCACAUUCUCCUGCCUUGUCGGCUUUCAGCGGUCCUGGGACACCAGACUCGAGGUCUUCCCCGCCGUCUCGAGGAAUCUCGUCCACACGGUCACCUUCGGUGUCCCCUUCGGUAUUACCAGACGAGGUGAAGUGGUGGCCGAUCCCCGAAGCCGCGCUACAACCCGUCGAUUCCAUAUUGGAGGAGCGUGGCUGA